UGAAGAUGUCGUCCACUGUCGGCCACGGACAAGACACUGCAGCAGUGUUGGUACUCGCUGCAGUUAGCUUAGCACUUUUAACCAUUCUCAGUGUGUGGAAGUUAAAACAGUUCAAAUAUAGGCUUAUAAAUGAAACUGGGGGUGCAAUGUUUUAUGGUACACUUCUGGGGUUAAUAGUGAGAUGGUUGUCAUUUGACAGAGGAGUGCACGUGGAGAGUUUGUGCAGUUGUGGUGCUCUGAACAGCACUCCUCACUUCUUGAUGGUCAACAUCUCAUCACAUGGCCACUGUUACAGACAUGUUGAAGAACUAAACCUAAGAUGCCCGCCGAUCUCAACUCCUCAUAAGGAGAUCUUUGAUCUUAAGGUCCUUUUCAAUCUGUUCCUGCCACCCAUCAUCUUCCAUGGAGCUUACACCCUUAAUCAGAAACGAUUCUUUGAGAAUAUGGGAUCUGUUCUGACCUUUGCCUUUUUGGGGACCAUAAUCAGCUUUAUAACCAUAGGGGCCUGCGUCUACGGCUUCACCAGACUGAUGGUACUGUUGGGCCGAGCAGCAGAUGGAGACUUUUCCCUCACUGACUGCCUCCUGUUUGGUGCCAUUAUGUCAGCCACUGACCCAGUUUCAGUGCUUGGCCUGUUGUCAGAUCUGCAUGUGGACCCAGAUCUGCACACCCUACUGUUUGGCGAGAGUGUCCUGAAUGAUGCUGUGGCCAUCGUCCUGUCACAUGCCAUCAACACCUACAGCCAGAUGGGGGCAGGACACACCUUCAACCCCCCUGCCUUUCUCCACUCUGUUGGUUAUUUUCUGGGAGUGCUUGCCGGCUCCCUCCUCCUGGGUUUCAUAUUCACAGUCAUAACAGCCCUCCUCACCAAAUUCACACGACUGCAUGAGAGCCCACUGGUGGAAACAUCAGUCCUCUUCCUUCUGUCCUGGAGCAGUUUUCUCUCAGCUGAAGCCAGUGGACUGUCAGGUAUUGUGGCAGUGCUGUUUUGUGGCUUGAGCCAGGCAAGAUACACAAUUCAUAAUUUAUCCUCUGAGGGCAGGGCCAGGACCAAGCAGCUCUUUGAAGUCUUCAACUUCCUCGGGGAGAUUUUCAUCUUCAGCUACAUGGGAUAUGUAUUGUUGAUGUUUCCUCACCAUGUCUUCAAAGCCCUCUUCAUUUCUGGAGCAUUUCUCUCCAUCUUUAUUUCAAGAGCAUGCAACAUCUACCCUUUGUCUUUCCUGCUAAACCUUGGCCGCACAAACAAGAUUCCCGCAACCUUCCAGCACUUCAUGAUGUUUGCAGGUUUGAGGGGAGCCGUGGCGCUGAGCCUGGCUGUAAGAGACACAUCCACAGAAGUGGGGCGCACCAUCCUCACCACCUCUCUGCUGCUGGUCUGCUUCACCAUCUGGGUGCUGGGUACGGCUGCCGAUCCCAUGCUGCGCUGUCUGGACAUCAGAAUGGGGGUGGAUGCAGAUGAAAAUCCUGAGGAGGACCUUUCUUUUGAGGUUGCUACAGGAAGGCCAGACACAACACCAGGCCUGUGGCACCAUCUGGACUACAAAUAUCUAAAACCGCUGCUAACACAUUGUGGCCCUCCACUGACCGACUCACUGCCACAGCGGUGUGGAGCAUUAGCCAGACUCUUCGGCAGUCCACGUGUCCAAGAGUAUGAGGAGCAGCUCUGUGAGACUGAACCAGAUGACUCCAUCUUCCAUUUGGAGAAAACAGAGAAAGAGCUUGUAUCAAUAGGAAGGGAUUCUGGAUCUGAACACCAGGAAGACCUAGUGGAGGGAGACCUGGGCCUUGGCACUGCUCCAGCUCUCACCAGUGAGGCCUGAAGCUCCAGGAGUUACCUCUAACCCCAGCUUAUCAGCCCCUGCUGCCCUGAGGCGAAGGCCUUGCUUCCCACAGUGAAUGGGGUCACUGGGCAGGGCAUCUGAGAGGAGCCAACUGGGAAUCCGAGUUACAGUGGCUCCCAAAAGGUCAUACACCCCCACCCCCCACUCCCUUGUGCUGACAUGCAUGCAAACGCCCACACACAGGGAGUUAAAACAAUUACAAAAGCCAUUGCUUUUCCUAUAGCAAAUCUCAGCUCAGAUAUUUGUGUCGGGUCCAAUCCCCACUGCAGUGAGGGAAAUUGAAUGUUUUAGCCACUUGCUAGCAUUAAAUACAUGGCUUUGCUCCGCAUGCACUGCUCAAAUACUGAGCUCCAUUGACUAUUUCAACCUGUUCUGGGAGCAACAAAUUCGUCAGAGAAUGGAUGCGGUUCAUUUGAACAGAGUCUGGGUCCGUUCACUUACUGCCAGCUUAACCUAUGGCCUUCAGUACCCCACUGCUGGUAUUUGGAAAGGUUCAGCAAAAUCUGGCCAAAGAAGAUGCUUCUCUUCUGCCCAGCACAACAAGGAUAACGCUGUGGAUCAUUCCCAGAGCCACCCUCCCCACUCACCUCUCUGAGACAUCUCACACAAGCUAAGGAUGCAGAUAAAAGGGAUUUAUGAGAUGUUGCAAUGUGGCACCAAAAGCUCCCACUUAUCCAAACAAAGUAAGGACAUUCUCCCUGCAGUCAGCCCUGUAACGCUGACUGCAGGGAGACUGUCGGUCGUAGAUAUGACCGACUGGGUCCUUAACCCACGCCCCCCUUUUUAGCUUAUGUGUCCCUCUGCAUACUGGGUAUGGAUCCACUGCUGUUGAUACAGCCGACCCCAGGCAGCGAGGAGCAGCUCUUAUCUCCUAUAUAAAUCUGCCAUUCAAGAGAGUGCAGACAGGCAAAGUGCAGGUAGCGAAACUCCAGGUUCAUUAUGAGAUCUAUAAAGAGAGACUUGGCUUCUUUAAGGUGGAACUAAAAAGGGCAAGGUGGUCCUUUUUCUGUGAGAUUAUUAACAAAAAUAACAAAAAUAAAAAAAAUUAAAUUAAAAUUCUAAGGAUAAGACAAACAGUUUGUAGCUCCAUCUUGGGCAAAAUGACAUCUGUGCCUCUGCAUUAGACUACUCCAGUUACUUUGGCACAUUUUCACCAUCUAGAUUAUGCAGCCUUGACAGAAAUUGUUCAACAGCUUAAGUCUGGUACCUGCUGCCUUGACACUCUAGCUUUUUAAAAAAAUGUUUUUAACUGCAUAGCCUCAAUUGUACUACAGAUAGUCAAUAGUUCUCUCUAAGGCCCUUUUUCAAGGUCCCUGAAGACCACAGUUAUUUAACAUCUUUUAUGAAAAUCCAAUCUGGAUGCCUUAGUAAUAAAUAACUAUAGGCCCAUACCAAAUGUGCCAUAGUAAAGAUUAUUGAAAGGCUGGUCUUUAGCAACUAAAGCUUUCCCUGGUGCAAAAGAAUUUCUUUACUGCUUUUCAGUCUGGAUACUCACAUUAUAGCACAGAGACUGCACUUGUUCAAGUUCUAAAUGCCAUUCACCUGAGGGUGUCAAAAGUUGAGUUUUGGAAAAGUGGUUGGGACUUUCUGGCACUGUGUUAAAUUGGUUCAUAUCAUAUUUACAGAUAGGGCCUACUUUGGGUGGCAACUGGUAAUUAUGAAUCAGAGCUAACAAAAAUCACGUGGAGUUCCUCAAGGGUCCAUCGUUGGGCCUCUUCUAUUCAACAUUAUAAGCUCCCCCUUGCUGAGAUUAUGGAAACAUCUCUUACCAUGAUUAUGCAGAUGAUAACUCUACAUAACAGUGUCACCAGGUGACUACGGUCCCUCACAUUUGCUAAAUAAGUGCAUUGAACAAACCAGUAAGUGGAUGUGCCAGAAUGUUGUACAACUAAAAAAACUGAAAUAAUUGUUUUUGACCCCAGAGAACAAAGAAAGUCAGUGCUCACCUUGAAUCCAUGAAACUAAAAUCUACAAAUCAGCCAAAAAUUUUGUAGUUAUGGACUUGGACCUAAAUUUCAACAGCUACAUAAAAACAAUUACAAAACCAGCCUACUCCCACCUGAAAAACAUAGCAAGAAUUAAAGGAUCUGUCUAAACAAGAUACAGGAAAAGGUGUUCAUGUGUUUAUUUUCAGCAGACUACACUAUUGUAAUUGUGUCUUCACAAGUCUUAGUAAAAAACCAACCAGACAGCUUCAGCUCAUCUAGAGUGCUGCUGCCAGAGUCCUCAUUAACACCAAGAAAGUGGAGAACAUCACACCUGUCCUUAAAUCACUGCACUGGCUUCCUGUGUAUCAAAGGAUAGAUUUUAAAAUCCUACCACUUGUCUAUAAAGCACUCAGUAGUCUCGGGCUUUAAUACAUCUCUGAUUUACUAGUACGCAAUGAAGCACCCAAACCCCUCAGGUCAUCUGGAACAGGUUUACUCAGUGUUCUCAGAAUCCAAACCAAGUAAGGUGAAGCAGCUUUUACUGUCUAUGCUCUCCACCUGUGGAUCAGGCUUCCUCAAUACCCGAGGUCUGCUCAAACUUGUCAGCUCAUUUAAAUCAUAGCUUAAAACAUUAUUGUUUGCUGUGGCUUACCAAUAAAUUACAUUCAUAACCCCUUUUUAAUCUUUAAUCUUUUAAAUUUAUUUUCUUGUUUUUGC